ACAGGCCUCGCCGUCGUUCUGGCUCCAGCAUUGUUGUUAUCGAUGGUGACGAUUUGAAGCCAUGCUUACCGGACGACUAUAUUAGUGGUCAGCAUUAUCGGCAACAUUCUGGUGAUAGCAAAGAAAUCGAUCAGGAAAUGUUGACAAUGCUUUCAGUUAAUCAAGAUAAUGGUCCACAUCGUGAGAUGGCUGUCGAUUGUCCAGAUACGUUCAUCGCGCGUAACAAGACACCACCACGUUAUCCACCACCACACCGUCCACCACAGGUAAAUAGUCUUAAGCUUGACGGGAAGUCAAGGAAACCAUUCACGUCCGCAAUGAAAAAGAAUUGCACCAAUCACUCAAAUACCCUACCCAAUAAGCACAAAUGCAUGCAAGCACACAGCACCCGCAAUAAAUCCAAUACACUCACUUACACCAAAACGCACAUUUCAAAACAUUCAACACAGACGCUUAGCUCACUGAACGCACAAUCAUCUACCAGAUUAUUUUCCAAAUCACAAAACUCACCGCCAUCAUCAACAACAACCGCAUCAUUAUCAUCGACUGAUAUUACCGCUUCACAAUUACCAAUACCAACAACACCAUCACCACCACCUCUGCCAACUACUCCCCCACCCAAAAUUCUAACUCACUCAUCUCCAACAGACUUUGUACCCAUCACUGCUUCAAUAACCAACAUCAAUACUGAAACUAACCAAUUCAUAACACAAUGUGUUGAAAUAUAUAACGGUAAUGGUAACAGACUAAUUGUUACGUAUCAUUCUAAAUGCGAUUCACCAACACCACCACCACCACCACCACCACCACCACUUCCAUUACUACAACAACCAUCGACAACAAUCACACAAACGACCACGACGACGUCAAUCAAUACUUCACCAACAUUAUCCACGAAAUCCACAAUGACAAUCAAAAAAAUUGCGCUACUCAACGAUACGAAUACACUGUUGCAACAACAAAAUUUGUACAACCAACAACACCAACUGAAAUUGGAUCAAAUUGAAAAUUACGAAAAUUAUUUGGCCACUGAAACGGAACAACCACAACACUACCACCACGCACAACAACAAAAACAAUUGAAUUUUGAACAACUACAACAUUAUUCAAUUCAGCCACCAACACAAAGCAAAACUACCAACAAUACACAGCAGCAACAACAACAGCCACCCAAUAAUGGCCACAAGAAGGCCUAUCCGCCGCACAGCAGUAAAUUUCCGGUGACCAGCAGCAAUCCGAAUGGCAGCGGCACUCCGCCCGGCACCGCCGAGGAGUUCGAGUUGAUGGCCAUCGAUGGUAGUGGGCUGCUUCAGCGCGGCGGUUCCUCAUCCUAUUCGUCUUCCUAUGAAGAGUCGAUCAGCAAGAGUUCAUUCGACUCCAUUGCCUACUGUCAUUUACAUAACAAAAACAACAACAUUAACAGUCUCAACAAUAACAGCAACAACAUAAACCAUAAUCACUACAACAACACGAGUAAUUCAUCCAACUCAUCAACGCCAUCAAAGCGUUGUGUUGGCGUCGGUGGUGUCGUCAGCGCAGAUAGCUCUGGCACGGGCUCAGCGUCCGGAUCGGGCGGCAUUGGCAGCUCAUUGAACAGCUCGGCCGGCUCGUCACCCAGCGCCAACGAUGCACCGCCGUUGAUUGAAGGCUUGGGCGGUGCGCCGCCAGAGUAUGAGUUGCUGCCACUGGCGAUGUGUAAGCAGGUGGCCGCUAGCCUACUGCAACCACCAGCGGGUAAGCACCGCGAGCUGCCCGUCGAUGUGCCGGACAGCUUUAUUGAGAUAGUAAAGACGCCGCCGCGCUAUCCGCCGCCACCACAUCUGUCUUCGCUCUCAUCGCAGAUAUCGUCAAAUUCUUCCAACUCGACGGCGAAUACCACACUGACGCACAUCAACUCAUCGUCGGCUUCCUCCUACAACAACAGCAGUAACAUCAACCACAGUCACAAUCAUACUAACGAUAACUCUUUUUCGCCCACGUGCUCCUCCAUCUCGGGUUCAUAUUCGGCUUUGGCAUCCAUUUCCGCCACGGCUUCGGCUGGUGUAUCGUUGUCGGCAUGUUCACCGCUCUCCAUGGAUCCCAAUCAUCAUCAGUCAACGGCAACGACCACAAAGUCAACGUCCGGUGGAGGUUGCCAUCCACUGAAGCAAUUGGUUAAACAGAAGAGUCUGCUGUCACUGGGCUCGUUGGGCAGCUCUACUGAAAAAUUAGAUAAAUCAGCAGCAACGCAGCGUCAGCAACCACAACCGCAAGUGCCGUCGGGUGGUGGCAGCGGUGGCAUCAACGGCGGCACAAAUGCAGGCGACGGCUGCUUAAUGGUGGCCAGCUUGGUGGGCAAAGGUGGCAAGCCGUCAUCCAAGCGCAACGAUGAGUUGAAUGGUUCUGUGAAACCGGUUCCGCCACCGCGCGAUCACUUGCGCAUCGAAAAGGAUGGUCGCCUGAUAAAUCGCACGCCAGCGCCACAACUUCCAGACCGGCGUAUGGGUAGCAGCGGUGUAGGUGCGCCCCAGCAAAUUGCACAAAUUGUUGAACCGACACUGGAGCAACUGGACAGCAUCAAGAAGUAUCAGGUGAGUCAAUAUGUAAAAUUAUUUUCGUUUUUAUUACAAUGCAAUUACUUAUUCAGCGUACGAGAGAAAACAAUACGCGUUUAGAUCUGCAAAUUUGUUGGAUUGCGUACGAAAUUUGAUCAGCUGUUCGCAGCACAGUUA